AUGUGGGCGACUCACCGCAACAACGAGGGGAAGCUGAACGAGGCGUACGAGUCGUGUGACAGCGUUAUUUUAAUAUUCUCAGUCAAUGAGACCCGACACUUCCAGGGCUGUGCGCUCAUGAUGUCGCGCAUAGGAGCGGUGGUGGGUGGAGGGCCGUGGAAGUAUGCUCAGCGGAUGGGCAGUUACGGGCAAAACUUCCGUAUUCGAUGGCUCAAGCUGUGCGAGCUAUCAUUCAACAAGACGCGCCACCUGCGCAACCAGUACAACGACAACCAGCCCGUCAAGAUCAGCCGGGACUGUCAGGAGGUGGAGCCGUCAGCAGGCAAGCAGCUCACUGCCUUGCUCUACCGCGAGCCAGACGCGCCACUGCUG